CUGAUUCCCCGCAUGACUUAUGCUUGUUCGAUGUCUGUCUUCUGCCGAUUCUGCCCUUCUCCAAGGGGGACAUCCCCCCUUCCCUGUGGCCAGUUUUCAGGAAUCCGUGACCUUUAAGGAUGUGGUGGUGGACUUCACCCAGGAAGAAUGGAAGCAGCUGGACCCUGGACAGAGAGAUUUGUUCAGGGACGUGACCCUGGAAAACUACACACAUCUGGUCUCCAUAGGACUGCAGGUUUCCAAACCUGACGUGAUUUCCCAGUUGGAGCAAGGGACAGAGCCAUGGACUGUGGAGCCUGGAGUUGCUGUGGCCACCUGCGGAAACUGGGAGCCAAGAUGUGAAAAUAGUGCCUCACUUCCAGAGGUGGACAUUGCUGAAGGGGAACAGCUUUCAGAGGCACUAGAGGAAAAACUCAGAAGGGAGGAUCCUUGGACUCCCAGCAUCUUAGAUGACUGGGUGUCUGAAGGCAGUCUAGGGAGGCAGCACAUGCUACCAAAGAAAAAACUGCAGGUUACAGAAAAGACAGCACCCACAUGGGAGAGAGGCCCUGUGAAUACCGAAUGCAAGAAAAGCGGUGUGUACUCAAGCACUGUAACACAGCAAGAAACAUCCCCAGAACAGACCUCUGCUAAAACAAACGUCAAGCAGAAUUCACUUCCAGUUAAAAAAGAGAAAUCUUGUAAGUGCAGUGAAUGUGGUAAAGCUUUCAACUAUUGUUCAGCUCUUAUUCGCCAUCAGCGAACACACACUGGAGAAAAACCCUACAAAUGUAAUGAAUGUGAAAAGGCUUUCAGUCGAAGUGAAAACCUUAUAAACCAUCAAAGAAUCCAUACUGGAGACAAACCAUAUAAAUGUGACCAGUGUGGGAAGGGCUUCAUUGAGGGUCCCUCUCUUACCCAGCAUCAGAGAAUCCACACUGGAGAAAAACCCUACAAGUGUGACGAGUGUGGAAAAGCUUUUAGCCAGAGGACCCACCUUGUUCAGCACCAGAGAAUCCACACUGGGGAGAAACCAUACACUUGCAAUGAGUGUGGGAAGGCAUUCAGCCAGAGAGGCCACUUCAUGGAACAUCAGAAAAUCCACACAGGAGAAAAGCCUUUUAAAUGUGACGAGUGUGAUAAAACCUUCACCCGGAGCACACACCUUACCCAACACCAAAAAAUUCAUACUGGUGAGAAAACCUACAAAUGCAAUGAAUGUGGAAAGGCUUUCAAUGGGCCCUCCACAUUCAUCCGGCACCACAUGAUUCAUACGGGAGAGAAGCCCUACGAGUGCAGUGAGUGUGGGAAAGCCUUCAGCCAGCACUCGAACCUCACGCAGCACCAAAAGACACACACUGGGGAGAAGCCUUACGAUUGUGCGGAAUGUGGGAAAUCUUUUAGUUACUGGUCAUCCCUUGCCCAGCAUCUAAAAAUUCAUACUGGAGAAAAACCUUACAAAUGCAAUGAAUGUGGAAAGGCCUUCAGCUAUUGCUCCUCCCUCACCCAGCACAGGAGAAUCCACACCCGAGAAAAACCCUUUGAGUGCAGCGAGUGUGGAAAGGCUUUCAGUUAUCUCUCCAACCUGAAUCAGCAUCAGAAAACCCACACCCAGGAAAAAGCCUAUGAGUGUAAGGAGUGUGGGAAAGCCUUUAUUCGGAGUUCGUCUCUCGCCAAGCAUGAGAGGAUCCACACUGGGGAGAAACCCUACCAGUGUCACGAGUGCGGGAAAACCUUUAGUUAUGGCUCGUCCCUUAUUCAGCACAGGAAGAUCCAUACUGGGGAGAGGCCAUACAAGUGCACCGAGUGCGGGAGGGCCUUCAACCAGAACAUACACCUCACGCAGCAUAAGAGGAUCCACACAGGAGCAAAGCCUUACGCAUGUCCAGAGUGUGGGAAGGCCUUCCGGCACUGUUCUUCUCUUGCUCAGCACCAGAAAACCCACACAGAGGAAAAGCCCUACCAGUGCAGUAAGUGCGACAAAACAUUCAGCCAGAGCUCCCACCUGACACAGCAUCAGCGGAUCCACACUGGAGAGAAGCCCUACAAGUGCAGCGAGUGUGACAGAGCCUUCAGCCGGAGCACGCACCUGGCAGAACACCAGAACACGCACAGUGGGGAGAAGCCGUAUAACUGCAGUGAGUGCCGGAAGACCUUCAGCCAGAGCGCGUACCUUGUCCAGCACCAGAGGGUCCACUCUGGGGAGAAGCCCUUUGGCUGUGCUGGCUGUGGGAAAGCCUUCCGGUACCGCUCCGCGCUCAACAAGCACCAGAGGCUGCACCCUGGCGUCUGCCUGUCCUAGGGGCCCCGAGAUCCUAAGGAAGCAGAGUGGACAGAGUGACUGCUGAACACGUUUAAUUCACCAUCACUGUGGAAUGGAAAGUACAAUGGGCUGAACUGAUUGAUUGUUACUAAAACAACUCUGUGACGUAAACUCAGCUAUUUUACAUGGAAUGAAGGGUUUGAAUAGAUGAUUUCAAAGGUAGUUUAGUGUUUUAUACUCAGUUUUGUACGUUCACAAUAUAUUCUUAAAUGGUUUUGCUACACAUCACAUUCUGCGUGUUGCAUCUGAACGUGUGUUUAUGCAUGGUUUGUACUUCAGUAAUGAGGGAUCUAUUCUGCUUCUGUUCUCGUGCACCUGAGCUGCUUAGGGAACUGAUCUGUAAUAAAAUGUUAUUAAAUACCCUCAAAUUCAGUUACCAUAAUAGCCUGACUCAGCAUGAGCAUUAAAACUGGAGCCAGGAGCAGUGGCCUGUGUCUGUAGUCCCAAAUUAGGAGGCUUGGGCAGGAGUUUCUGGGCAAUAUUGUGAGACUCUCUCAAAAAAUAAGCCCAAAAACCCUUCAUAGUAUUGCCUUUCCUUGUAUAUUUUUUAGUAUUCAAAGAGUUUCAGAAAUUUGCUUCCACAGCCUAUACCAGUGUAUUUAACCCUGGCUGCAUGUGGCAGUCCCUGGUGUCUUAGUUUGGGCUACUGCAACACAUUCCUAUAAACAAGAUAUGAUUUAACAACCAGAAUUUAUUCUUCGGAAUCCUGGAGGCCAGAAGGUCCGAGGACUCAGCACUUGCACAUCUGGUGCUUGGUGAGGGAAAUCCUGCUUGCACACAGCUGUCUUCUCAUGUUUAUGUGGCAGAAACCAGAGCUCUCGUAUCUUUUUUUGUAGUACUAGGGAUUGAGCCUAGCCUUCACACUGAGCCACAACCCCCAACCCUAUUUUAUAUUUUUAUUUUAAGACAGGGUCUUGCUAAGUUGCUGAGUUAUCCAGCCUGGGUUCACCAGCUCAUGAUCUUCCUGUCUCAGCCUCCCAGAGUGCUAGGGCUACAG